AAUCAAAACCCCUCUUCGAGAGAUACCCUUUGGCCCUUUCUCCCUCUGAAAACUUGGAAAGAAGUAUAGAACUCAAAAACCCAACCCUAAACCCUCUUCGAUACCCAGCCACCAUCCCACUUUCAUCGCCGAACCCUUGCCGCCGGGUGGAACUGCCGUUGUCGCCAUCACUUCUCAUUCUUCCGUCGCCGCCACUUCCCUUCCUCCCUCGCCGCCGUGGCAUUAUUCUUUACAAUAAACGGUACCUGAAGCCUGCAGUGCGAUGAGUGAAUCCAUGUUUAUGGCUGCUGCGUUAAACCCUCCCAAAACCCCCUUCAAAAUCAACCUCACACCCGUUCUUCCGCCUCCCCCAACCUCCUCCGCACUCACUUUCAAACCAAACAACAACUUCCCCACACUCUCCGCCGCCGCACAACCACAACAACAAGAACACGCCGCUCUGCUCGACACUCUUCGCAACAGCACACGCAAGAACCAAGUGCUCCAAUCCAUCAGAACCACCUCCCCCUUCAACUGCCUCUCCGAAACAAAUCUUCACCAUACGGUUCUCGCCCUCACCUCCAAAACCAGGGGAAAGGUUAGAGACAUAUAUGAUAGUGGAGAGUACCUUGUUUUGGUUACUACUGAUCGCCAGAGUGCAUUUGAUAGAAUCCUUGCUUCAAUUCCCUUCAAGGGACAGGUUCUUAACCAGACAAGCUUGUGGUGGUUUGAGAGAACCCAGCAUAUAACUGCUAAUGCCGUUGUGUCCACUCCUGAUCCUAAUGUUACCAUAGCAAAGAAAUGUUCUGUUUUCCCUGUUGAGUUUGUUGAAGACAAAAAGAUGGAAGGAGAUUCAGUGAAGUUAAUAGGAUUUUGGGGUAGUCCAUCUGUUCUAAGAGUGAAGUGGGCACUAGCAGUUAAAGGAAUAGAGUGCCAAUAUGUGGAAGAAGAUCUCAGCAACAAGAGUGACAUGCUCCUUAAAUACAACCCUGUCUACAAAAAGGUACCUGUUCUUGUGCACCAGGGUAAGCCCCUUGCUGAAUCACUGCUCAUUCUUGAUUAUAUUGAUGAGACUUGGAAGCAAAACCCUCUUCUUCCACAUUCUCCUUAUGAAAGGGCCCAGGCAAGAUUCUGGUCCAAAUUCGUUGAUGACAAGGUAAGAGAGUUGCAGCACCAUAUUUAGUAUCAAUCAUUUAUAGAACUGAGAAAAAUGGUCUUAGAGACUAUUAUGAAUUAUCAAAUCCUCUGAAUCAUUUAGUUACUAAAAACACUGAAAGCAUAGAAUUUUUAGUAAAGAUAUAUUCAGACACAAAAUAUAGAAUUUUUCUGCCUAUUCCUCUUUGACCCUUCAGGCGUACUCUGAUACUGAUUGGACUGGUGAUCCCACUGAUCGUUGUUCUACUACUGGUUACUAUUUGUUUCUUGGCGACGCUCUCAUCUCUUGGCAUGCUAAGAAGCAAACAUUCACUGCUCGCUCAAGCACGGAAGCUGAGUGCCGUGCCCUCGCUGACACCACUGCUGAGGUUAUCUCGGUUCGUUGGCUUCUCGAAGAUCUGGGUGCUCCUCAGUCGUCCCCUACUGAUAUUUUUUAUGAUAAACCGCAGUGCUAUUCAGAUUGCCCAUAAUGAUGUGUUUCAUGAACGCACCAAACACAUUGAGAUUGAUUGUCACUUUGUUCGGCAACGUAUCCUUAUUGAUGCUGUUUGUCUCAUUGCUGUUGGGACACUGGAUCAGACUGCUGAUAUCUUCACGAAAGCUCAUCACCCGACUCGCUUUCGGAUUCUGUUAUCCAAACUCAAGUUGGUAUCCUUAGCUCCCACUUGAGUUUGAGGGGGGAUGUUAGAGAAUCAUUAGAAUCAAUCUAGAUCAAUUAGCAUCGUCUAUAUUUAUAUAGUAUAUCUGUACAUUAAUUAUAGGAUUCGAUGUCUUUAUUACUUUGAUUUAUUUAGCACCUAUAAAUACCCCUUGUAUAUUGUACCUUUCAACACACUCAAUAAUACACUUUUCAGAUUA